UUUAUAUGCAAAACCAAUCCUGUCUGCCACUGGCGGUAUUCCGAAGGUCACGACGUGUUGUUUUAAAUUUUAUUGAACGAUAAAUAAACAGAAAUUCCCUGUCGAGCCGACGUCUUUUUCAUUUUCUAUUUUUGUUUCAUUUAAUUAUUUGCAAAUUAUAUCUAUGUAGUUUUAAAGAAAAAGCAUCUUGAUACUUCUGUGAAAUAAUUUUAUUUAUUUCAUAUUUCAUUGAGUUUUUAAAUGAAAUUUGCAACAUGAGGACAACAGUCAAAUUAUUUAAGGAUCUUUCCAAGAUGCUGGACUUUUAUUCCCAAUUCAAUCCUUCACCUCUGUCGAUAAAACAGUUCCUUGAUUUCGGUCGAAAAGCAUGUGAAAGAACAUCUUUCAUAUUUUUACGGAAGGAACUUCCAGUGAGAUUAGCCAACAUAAUGAAAGAAAUUCAGCUUCUUCCUGACAAACUCUUAGCCAUGCCAUCUGUAUCCUUGGUUCAAAGCUGGUAUGAAAAAAGUUUUGAAGAAAUUCUUGUGUAUGAAAAAGUUGAUGCAAGUGAUUUAAAAACUUUGGAAAACUUCUGUGAUCGACUGAUUAAAAUCCAUAACCGCCAUAAUGAUGUUGUUCCUACAAUGGCUCAAGGUGUUAUUGAAUUGAAGGAGGUUUGUCAGUUGGACCAACAAACAGAACACAGUAUACAAUACUUUCUUGAUCGAUUUUAUAUGAGUCGAAUUUCAAUAAGAAUGUUAAUAAAUCAGCAUACAUCAUUGUUUGGCUCUAACCUUAAUGGACAUCCUCGACACAUAGGUUGCAUUGAUCCUAACUGCCGUGUCACAGCUGUUUUAAAUGAUGCUUAUGAAAAUGCCAAAUUUCUUUGUGACCAGUAUUAUAUGGCCUCUCCGGAUGUGGAAAUUGUUGAAAAUUCAGGUCUUGAUCCUGGUUCUCCAAUAACUGUUGUUUAUGUACCUGCUCAUUUAUAUCAUAUGUUAUUUGAGCUAUUUAAGAAUGCUAUGCGUGCUGUUGUUGAACAUUAUGGAAGCUCAGCCGAUUGUUUACCACCAAUCAAAGUUCUUGUUUCUUUGGGAAAAGAAGAUUUGACUAUUAAAAUGUCCGACAGAGGUGGUGGAAUACCUCGCUCUCUGACUGAUGUAUUAUUCCAAUAUAUGUACUCUACAGCUCCCAAGCCCUCUGUUUCUACUGAAUCCGCUCCUUUGGCUGGUUAUGGUUACGGAUUACCUUUGUCUCGUCUUUAUGCACGUUAUUUCCAAGGUGACUUAAUCAUAACUUCAGCUGAAGGUUAUGGAACUGAUGCAAUUAUAUAUCUUAAGGCGUUGUCUGAUGAAGCAAAUGAGCUACUUCCAGUAUUCAAUAAAACUUCAACUAAGCACUAUCGUACAGCAGUUGGAACCCAUGAUUGGAGUACCCCUUCACUUCAUCCCAUUACUCAACCUCUUGGUAUGCGACAGUUUACUACACUCAAUCAUAAAAGAAGGAUAGCUUUUAGGUGAAGGUGAUUAUUCUUUUACAAGGCACAAAUGUAGAAAAACUCAAGUUUGAUGUGAAUGGUGUGUGAUGCUUAGUAGCUCUGUAAAUAUGUUUGUUUUAUGUUUUGUUUUGUCAUAUAUUGAACUGUUGUUCUCAUAUCAAAAUCCUGAGAUUAUGGGUUUAAAAUUCAUAUUUCAAUGGUGAACAUUUUUCUGUUUCUUAAUGAUUCCUCAACUGCAAACUCUCGAUUAUUUGCAGAGUAGGGUGCCACGGUAACAGCGGAUAAUCCAAAUAAUAGGUAAAAAACAAUGCUAGUGCAUACAAUAGCUAAAAAAGAUACAUAACUAUGCUGCAUUUAAAUACUAGCUAAAAACGAUAACAUUGAAUGUAAAAAAUAUUUGAAAAAGCUAAAAACAAACAAUAACGCAAUCAUAAUAUGUUCAAAACACAUUUAAGGACUAUAGUAUUAGUACAUAUUGUUUGAAAAAAAAAUGUGAAAAGACCGACGGAUAAUCCGACCGCCGAUAAAUUGGGAGUUUACUGUACUUUCAAUGUAUCCUUUGUACCUAUACAUUUUCUAAAAGCAGUUAUUAAUGUUAGGAGAUGUAUUCUAUGACAAUAAACCGAAUUUUAAGAUCAAAAAUUUAUUCCUAGAAAAAUGUUACCCUGCUACAAGAUAUCAACUAUCGUAAAAAUUAUAAAGUAAGUAACCGCCCUAUUGCCAAGGCUAAGGCAGAAAUAACAUGAAAUACACCGCCAGCUCAGUCAAUUCCAGCCGAGGAUUGCAGUUUCGUGCUUAUUAGCACUCAAUAAGGCAAUAGGGCAGUUUCGUGCUUAUUAGCACUUAAUAAGGCAAUAGGGCGGUAACUUACUGAAUAUACCUGCCUUGCCUUCAAUAUUCAAGUUGAGCUGAACCAUUGUUUCGGUCACUCGUCUGGUCGGUGCUAAUUCUGUAUUAGCUACCAGUUUGUUUGGCACUCUAGGUUUCCUUAAGAGGUUUUCCACCUCCAGCUCAGCCACUCCUAUGCCGGGCUGAUCAGUGCUAAUAAGCACGAAACUGCAGUCCUCAGCUGGAAUUGACUGAGCUGGUGGUGUAUUUCAUGUUAUCGUAAAAAUAUUAUUAUUUCUUUUCUUUUUUACCACCAGAAUUACUUGGUACGUAGUUGAAUCUGUUAGGAAGACUGGUAUUGGAUCUAUGUUUUUUUUUGUGCAAUGCUCAUUAAGCUUUUAUAUUAAAAAAAAGAAUGCCAGAAGAGCUUUUCCCACCUGAAGAAGUUGUUAUAAAAUGCUAUUGAUGUGCAAUUCAGUGAAUGUGAAAGUUUUCAGUUUGUGAUAAAAUGGUUUUGAAUUUGUGAUAAAAGUAGUAUAGUCAGAAAAUUAUUUUUAAAUUGAGAACUGAAUCAGUAUGAGUGUUACACUGCUCUGUAAAGAACAUUUUGUAUUGAUGGAAUGUUUUUUAAAUUUUCAAAAUAUUUUCCAAUACAGAUUCAAAAAAUACCUUUGCCGUUUUAAUAUGAAAUUUACUUUAUGUUAUAGAUUAAUGUUUAUUUUUAAGUCGUUACAUUGAAUUUGACCUAAGUUAUGGGUGUAUGAGUGUUCUAGUUAUGGCACUUUAUGUCUAGUAAGAGCUUUUUAGACAAACCUGUUAGUUUUCAUAGUAAUUCUUGAUUUCUUUCAUGUAAUAUUUAUUGUUUUGUUAUCACUUGUUUAAGUAUUAACAAAGUAUGUAAUAUAAUGUAAAUUAAAAGCUGUUUUUUU